AUGGCAAAUCGAAAAAAUACUUUAUUAUUAUUUGAUGUCGAUGGAACGUUAACAAAACCCAGACAAGUAAUAACAGAAGACCUAAAAGAAUUUCUUCUCAAAGAAGUUAAGCCGAGAGUGUCCUUAGGAGUCGUGAGCGGCUCCGAUUAUGAGAAAAUUUUGGAACAAAUGGGUGGCAAGGAUGUCACAGACCAGCUGGACUAUGUAUUUUGUGAAAAUGGAGUCAUGCAGUACAGGCAAGGAGUGCUGAAAAGUGAGCAAAGCAUCCUCAACUACAUAGGAGAAAAAACAUUACAGAAAGUUAUUAACUUUGCACUCGGUUACAUGUCCAAAUUAGAGUUACCAGCUAAGCGAGGCAAUUUUGUUGAGUUCCGCAGCAGUAUGAUCAACAUCUGUCCUGUGGGCCGCUCCUGUACUCUUGCUGAGAGAAAUGAGUUCUCUAAAUUUGAUACUGAACAUAAAAUAAGAGCAAAAUUUGUUGAAGCGUUACAAAAUGAGUUUAAAGACACAAAGUUAAAGUUUGCUCUGGGCGGACAAAUAUCUGUAGAUGUGUUUCCGCACGGCUGGGACAAGACAUAUGCUCUGGACCAUGUUGCAGAUGCUAAAUUUGAACAGAUACAUUUCUUUGGUGAUAAAACUAUGGUAGGAGGAAAUGACUAUGAAAUUUAUAAUGAUGAGAGAACUAUCGGACAUAAGGUGACUUCGGCUGAGGAUACCAAAGAACAAGUAAAAAAGUUCCUCAAUAUAGAAUAAAAAUUUAUUCAAUAAAUUGUAAAUAACAUGUUUUUAUAAAAAUAUAAUUAUCAUUGUUGAAAUGUU